CGCGGGAAGUACGUUAAGCUAGCGCGUGACGAGAAGAAGCUACUUGAAAGUCUUCGUUUUAGAACAACACUUUUUCUUCUUGUUACGUCUUAUGGCGUGAUCCGUGUGUGCCUGGACCGAGUAGGUGCUGCCGGACUUCCGAUACCCGCCUGGAACGGGUAGUUUAGCGUUUUCCUUUAACUCGAACCAACUUGUGGUCGAGUUGGUCACUUGGUGGCUUCUCAGCGCGUGCUGGAGUUGGCAAACAAUUUCGCCAUUUUGGGGAUUAGCUCACUCAGCCAAGACCCCUCACGGCAAUUUUUGUCGUUUAGGGACUCGAAUACUUUCAAAGUUGACUUUUUGGUUUUCGAUAAAACCAUCAGCGAUAGUGGUUGUUUUUCAAAGACAACGUUACAAACGUUAAAAAUAUGUCGAGCUACAACCGCCAUUGGGAAGACUCGCCGUCGCCCAAAGCUCGGCCAGUCCGGCAGAAGCUAAAUUUCACAGCCAGCGACGGAGAGGAUGAGCCCGUUGACGACGUCAACGAGUCAGGCUUUACAGAAAUGGACUCCCCGACGCCGAUGAGAGCCAGCGCCUUCGAAAAACUGUUGGACGGCGACAGCAGCCCCAUGAAGCGCUCCAGCGAGGACGACCCGGUGGAACUUUGGUCCGAGGAGGGUUUCGGCUCCCCGUCCCACUUGUUGUCGCCGACUUCAGCUCUCUUCGCCGCCUGCACACCCUCGCCGAGGAAAGCUUCCCGGCUACACCCGACCUCACCAGAGCGGUCGUACGACCAGAUUGACGAAGACGGAUCUAGCUCCCCGAUCCCCGCCUGCCCCGACACACCUCCACACAAAACCCUAAGGAAACUGAGACUUUUUGACACGCCGCACACACCAAAGAGCCUUCUCUCCCGCGUGAGGGGCUCGUCCGGCAUGAGGGGGUCUCUCUUCAAGAAUGUGGAGCCUGCAGCAAAGUCCCUCAGAGACGGUGUCACCAGGAGACAGCCCACGCCCCUGGUCAAUUUUAACCCCUUCACCCCUGACUCCCUGCUCAUCCAGUCAGCCACACAGCAGCGCAACAACAGGAAGCGAGCGCACUGGAACGUCUCCGGCGGUGAAGACAUGGAGACCAGUGAUGCUGAGGGAGAUGAGGAAAUAUUGCCACCGUCCAAGAGGAUCACCAUGAUGAAGAGCAACAUGAUGAUGUCUCGUUACGCCUCUGAGUUUCUGGAGCUGGAGAAGAUUGGCUGCGGUCAGUUUGGUGCUGUGUUCAAGUGCGUGAAGAGACUGGAUGGCUGCAUUUAUGCCAUCAAGCGCUCCAAGAAGCCUCUGGCCGGAUCUGUGGAUGAACAGAACGCCCUGCGCGAGGUGUACGCCCAUGCUGUGUUGGGCCAGCACCCCCACGUGGUGCGCUACUACUCCGCAUGGGCCGAAGAUGACCACAUGCUCAUUCAAAACGAGUACUGCAAUGGCGGCACGCUGUCCGACGUCAUCACCUACAACGUCAAGCGCCUCUGCCACCUGACAGAGCUCGAACUCAAGGACAUCCUGCUGCAGGUCGCCCGUGGCCUCAAGUACAUCCACUCCAUGUCUCUGGUGCACAUGGACAUCAAGCCAAGCAACAUCUUCAUCUGUCGCAGGUCUGUCAGCAGCUGUGAUGAUGAUGAUGACGAUGAUGACCGGAACUCCAGCAUUGUCUACAAAAUAGGGGAUCUGGGUCAUGUGACACGAGCCAACAAUCGUCAGGCGGAGGAAGGCGACAGUCGAUAUUUGGCCAAUGAAGUUCUCCAAGAGGACUACACUGACCUGGCCAAGGCGGACAUCUUUGCCCUCGCUCUCACGGUCAUUAGUGCUUCAGGGGCAGAGCCUCUGCCCACCAACGGAGAUGCAUGGCAUGAAAUCCGCCAGGGCAAACUACCCACCAUCCCGCAAGUCCUCUCACCGGAGUUUGUCAGCCUGCUCAAGCUGAUGAUAGACCCUGACCCCGCCAGACGACCUUCCAGCUCUGACCUCAUCCGUCACCCGGUGCUCCUCACGGCGGCCAGAAUGAGUGCCGAGCAGCUCCGAGUCGAGCUCAACGCUGUCAAGUUCAAGAAUGCUCUCUUGCAGAAGGAGCUUCAGAAGGCUCAGCUAGCCAAAACCGCCUCCGAGGAGACCACCAGCACACGGACCCGCUCCACCAGAACCUGCAGACUCAUCGGGAAGAUGAUGAACCGCUCCGUCAGCCUCAACAUCUUUUGAAAGUUCACUUUUCUUGUACAUAGUCCAAAAAAAGACACUUGAUUUUGCCAUUUGCUACUUGCCAACUUGUACAUAGUUAUUUAAUAAAUUCCUUU